GGCCCGGAGCUCCUGGAAGAAGUAGAUCGCAGCUCUCGAAAAGUCGUCCGAGAGAGCCGCUCACUGGGGCCAGAUCCAGCCAUGAGCUACCCUGGCUAUCCCCCGCCCCCAGGUGGCUACCCACCAGCACCAGGUGGCGGUGCCUGGGGAGGCGCCGGCUACCCUCCGCCCAGCAUGCCCCCCAUCGGGCUGGACAACGUGGCCAACUACGCAGGGCAGUUCAACCAGGACUACCUCUCGGGAAUGGCGGCCAACAUGUCUGGGACGUUUGGAGGAGCCAACGUGCCACCAAACCUGUACCCUGGCGCCCCCGGGGGUGGUUACCCUCCCGUCCCCCCUGGGGGCUUCGGGCAGCCCCCUCCCACCCAGCCGUCGGUCCCACCAUAUGGAGUGUACCCACCCCCUGGAGGAAAUCCACCCUCUGGGGUGCCCUCCUACCCUCCAUUCCCAGGGGCCCCCGUGCCAGGCCAGCCCAUGCCACCCCCUGGACACCAGCCCCCAGGGCCCUACCCUGGGCAGCCACCAGUGACCUACCCUGGGCAGUCUCCAGUGCCACCGCCUGGGCAGCAGCCGAUGCCAAGCUAUCCAGGAUACCCGGGGUCCGGGACCGUCACUCCUGCUGUGCCCCCAGUCCAGUUUGGAAACCGAGGCACCAUCACAGAUGCAUCCGGCUUUGACCCCCUGCGAGACGCUGAGGUCCUUCGGAAGGCCAUGAAAGGCUUUGGGACGGAUGAGCAGGCCAUCAUCGACUGCCUGGGGAGCCGCUCCAACAAGCAGCGGCAGCAGAUCCUCCUGUCCUUCAAGACAGCUUACGGCAAGGAUUUGAUCAAAGAUCUGAAAUCCGAGCUGUCAGGAAACUUUGAGAAGACCAUCUUGGCGCUGAUGAAGACCCCAAUCCUUUUUGACGCUUAUGAGAUAAAGGAAGCCAUCAAGGGGGCUGGCACCGAUGAAGCCUGCCUGAUCGAGAUCCUCGCUUCCCGCAGCAAUGAGCACAUCCGGGAACUGAACAAAGCCUAUAAGACAGAAUUCAAGAAGACCCUGGAGGAAGCCAUUCGAAGCGACACGUCAGGGCACUUCCAGCGGCUCCUCAUCUCCCUCUCCCAGGGAAACCGGGAUGAAAGCACAAACGUGGACAUGUCCCUCGUCCAGCGAGAUGUCCAGAGGGGAGCAGG